UCUUUUCUUUUUAUUUAAUCUUCAGAUCAUAAAAAAUCAAAAAGAAGUAAACCAUGGUAAUUAUGGUACAGCCAGCUAACGUGUAUGGUAACCCAAAAUGCAAACCGAGUCCGGUUAUAAUCCCUGUUAUAGACUUAACCGACUCAGAUGCCAAAACCCAAAUCGUCAAGGCAUGCGAGGAGUUCGGGUUCUUCAAAGUCAUCAACCAUGGUGUACGACCCGAACUUUUGACACUGUUGGAACAAGAAGCCAGCAAGUUCUUUGCUUUGCCUCUCUCUCUCAAAGAAAAGGCUGGUCCGCCCGACCCGUUUGGUUACGGUAGUAAACGUAUUGGACCCAAUGGUGACGUCGGCUGUAUUGAGUAUAUUCUCCUCAAUGCUAAUCUUACCCUUAUGUCUCACAAAACCGCCGACGUUUUCCGGCAAACUCCUCCAGUUUUCAGAGAGAUGGUGGAAGAGUAUAUGAAAGAUAUGAGGGGAAUGACGAGUAAAGUUCUUGAGAUGGUAGAGGAAGAGCUAAAGAUAGAGCCGAAGGAGAAGCUGAGCAAGCUUGUUAAGGUGAAGGAAAGUGAUUCGUGUCUGAGGAUGAACCAUUAUCCGGAGAAGGAAGAGACUCCAACCAAGGAAGAGAUUGGGUUCGGUGAGCACACGGAUCCACAGUUGAUAUCACUGCUAAGAUCUAACGACACAGAGGGUUUACAUUGCAGGUCCUCCUUUGAGCGAGAAGAUUGCACCAUUGUCAUGCCUCGUCCCAAAUCAAGAUGA